UUCCUGCAGUCAAAACUAAACUAACAUCCACUACCAAAAAAAACUAAACUAACAUCCUCAUUCCUCAGCCCUUCUCUUGUCAGAAUACCAAGCUGCAACCAUAAAGAGAGACCCUUUUGGCUUUCGCUUACUCCUUCACCAAAAAAAAAAAACACCCAACCAAAACAAUGAAGUAGUUACUGAUGGAGGACAGAAAAGCCAACACAAUCUCUGUAAUAUCAGUGAUUGCACUGAUCAUCCUCAUCAUCGUCGCUCGUGUUUCCUUGAAGCUCUCGCGUGCCUUCUUCCUCAUAUGUGGCGCUUCUAUUGCUGUGAUCCUCGCUGUCUUUUCUUGUGCACUCAUAAGGCACCGUUACAACCACAGAAGGAGGUUGUUGGAGUCACAGUUGAAGACAGAAGGGAGAGAGCUUCGAAUAGAGUACAGUUUCCUAAGAAAAGUUGCUGGUGUUCCCACAAAGUAUCGUUUCAAGGAGCUUGAAGAAGCAACGGAUGGUUUUCAAGCACUUUUAGGAAAAGGGUCCUCUGCUUCGGUCUUCAAAGGCAUUCUCAACGAUGGAACUUCGGUUGCGGUGAAACGAAUCGACGGCGAGGAGCGAGGGGAGAAAGAAUUCAGAUCAGAAGUUGCAGCCAUUGCAAGUGUGCAUCAUGUCAACCUCGUACGUAUGUUUGGUUAUUGUAACGCUCCAACAGCACCUAGGUACCUUGUUUAUGAGUACAUCCCAAACGGGUCCUUGGAUUGUUGGAUUUUUCCCUUAAGGGAAAAUCAUACACGUAAAGGAGGGUGUUUACCGUGGAACUUGAGGCAAAAGGUAGCUAUUGAUGUUGCAAGAGGGUUGUCUUAUCUUCACCAUGAUUGUAGGAGGAGGGUUUUGCAUCUUGAUGUGAAGCCAGAGAAUAUACUCUUGGAUGAGAAUUACAAGGCUCUUGUUGCUGAUUUUGGUCUCUCAACGCUUGUUGGAAAGGAUGUGAGUCAGGUUAUGACAACAAUGAGAGGGACAAGAGGGUACUUGGCUCCUGAGUGGCUUUUGGAAAGAGGGGUGUCAGAAAAAACUGAUGUUUACAGCUAUGGGAUGGUUCUGUUGGAGAUCAUUGGAGGGAGAAGGAAUGUGUCGAGGGUAGAGGAUCCGAGGGACAGGACCAAGAAAAAGUGGGAGUUUUUUCCCAAGAUUGUGAAUGAGAAAGUGAGGGAAGGGAAAUUCAUGGAGAUUGUGGAUCGUAGGUUGGUGGAGCGUGGGAGUGUUGUUGAGGAGAGUGAGGUUACUAGGUUGGUGUAUAUUGCAUUGUGGUGCAUACAAGAGAAGCCAAGGUUGAGGCCUAGCAUGGCACAAGUGGUUGACAUGCUUGAAGGGCGUGUGAGGGUGGAUGAACCACCUGGUUCAAGAAUGAUUCUUGUUGAUUUGCUUGCUGUUGAUGAAGAUCCUGCAGAUCAUAGAAAUUUGGCAAGGUUGUUGACAUCUGUGUCCAGCCAUGUGGAUUGUACAUCUACUUACUCUUUGGGAACCACAAACACUAUUUUAUCUGGUAGAUAGCUAGCUAGCUACUUAAUUUUUGGAUUAGAGGUCCUAAUGCAGUUGAAUCUGCUCGAGGGUAUUUUUUCCCUUGCUAUUUUUGCUUCUGAUUAAUUAGUUUCUUCAAUUGUAUAAAUUGGGACAUAGUUCUAAAACUUCCAUCGAGGAUAUUUUAUAUAUAGUUUAUACUCUACUUUCUUUUUA